AACAGCGAAAGCGUCGUUCACGCUAUGGAUGGAGAGAGAAACUGAAUGCCAAGAUCCGCUGAAGAUUUAGAACCGAAACGGAUCACUAUGCGCCAUAAACUCUCCGUUCACCAACUUUCUCGCAGUUUAGACACCACACACUCCCAUGCGAGCCGUUCACAAUAACGCGGACUCACUGUUUGUGAUACCCGGCUAAGCGUCUUAAGGCUUGGGACGGUGAGUUUUCGAAAAAUGGCUUGCGCUGUGGAGAGAUGAGUGAAACCUGCUGAUAUUUGGGGUGAUCGGAUGCCCAUUUAAGCAUGGGGAAGCUACAGAGCAAGUUCCGGCGACGCUCAGACCUUUAUAAGGCCAAAGAAGGGGCAGAGCCUGCACCUGUGCACCAGGUAGUGCAGUACGAACCUGCUCACACAGAUGCCAUCAACUGUGUCGUCAGCCUGACCUCUGACCUCUGCGUGUCAGGAGGUCAUGACCAGGCUGUUGUCGUCUAUGACUGGAGAGCUGGGAGACUUUGUAAAUCUUUCCAGGGCCACAACAGAGAGAUUACAAAGUUGUGUUGUUUUAAAGGGAGUUCCCUGAUCUUCAGCGCAUCUCGAGAUAAGACGGUGCUGAUGUGGGAUUUGGGACGAGAUACAGAAGCCAUCCAGGAGUUCAGUGGUCAUGAGCUUGUCGUUAAUGGAGUAGCUGUUAGUCCAGAUGGAUCAAAGCUGUGCACGGGUUCUCGAGAUAACUCCAUGUGCCUCUGGGACAUUGAGUCUGGAGAAUGUCUGCAGAGAAACACCAUCUCACGAAACCUGGUUACCCAUGUGUGUUGGGUACCAGGAAGCACGUCUAUUGUCCAAACCUCAGAAGACAAAACUAUCAGGGUGUGGGACAGUCGCACAUGGCAGGUCACAAACACUUUUCCAGCAAAGCAGUACAUUCAGACCCACUGUGAUGUCAACGCUAACUGUUACCACCUGCUUUCCUCCAGCAACGGUUUUGGCGGACAGGGCUGUGAGGCCACGCUGUGGGACCUCCGGCAGCCCGGCUGUAAGGUGGCCGAAUACAGAGGACACUUGCAGACCACAGCAUGUUGUGUGUUUGUGCCUCCCCGUCCUGGAUGUCCUGCCCUCGUGGCCUCUUCAUCAUAUGACAGCUCAGUGAAAAUAUGGGACCAGAACACUGCAGCUUGUUUGUACACUUUAACUCUGGAUGGUUCGGGGCCGCUGGUUUCUCUAGCUCCGUGUGACUCCAGUAGUUUGCUGUGUGCCAGUUUUAACACAGGACUUCAUCAGCUGCAUCUAGACCAGAGCGCAGUGCCCAGUAUCACUGAAGUGGCUCGCUUCUGACCUCCAAUCUGGAAAAAUCACACCCCCUCCUGACC